GAAAGUUCAGACAGUGAUGAGUUGGCUUUGAAAACAGGAAGUAACAGUGUAUCUAGAAGAAAGGGAAAAAGAAAUAUCAUUUUGAGGUUUCGCAAUCUAGCUCUCUUUUCUGGAUAAUCUGCUGUGUGCAACGAAAAGCCUCUCACGGUCAGCAUGAGUCUCCAGUGGACGGCCGUGGCCACCUUCCUGUACGCCGAAGUGUUCGCCGUACUGCUGCUCUGCGUGCCCUUCAUCUCCCCCCAGAGAUGGAGCAAGAUCUUCAAGUCUCGCUUGGUGACGGCCAUCAGGACGUACGGAAACACCUUCUUCAUGGUUGCCAUGGGGAUCCUGGUCUUCCUGCUGAUUGAUGCGGUCAGGGAGGUGAGGAAGUACAGUGUGACGGACACGGUGGACCUGAACAACAACCCCUCAGCCGUGGAGCACAUUCACAUGAAGCUGUUCAGAGCCCAGAGGAACGAGUACAUCGCUGGCUUCGCCCUGCUGCUCUGCCUGCUGCUGAGGCGCCUGGCCACCCUCCUGUCCCAGCAGGCCACCAUGAUCGCGUCCAACGAGGCCUUCAGGAAGCAGGCGGAGGGCGCCAGCGACGCCGCCAAGAGGUACAUGGAGGAGAACGAGAAGCUGCAGGAGAAACUGAGGGACGCCGGCAUCGACGUUCCCGAGGCCGGGAAGAAGCCCGGAGCGAGCCUGGAGGAGGAGAACAAGACGCUGAAGACCGAGGUGAAGAAGCUGAAGGACGAGCUCGACGCCACCAAGAAAGUCCUGCACAAGUCUGACAGUGAUGUGAAGGCCAUGAGGAAACAGGCGGAGAACCUGACGGUGGAGUAUGACCGUCUGCUGGAUGAGCACGCCAAACUGCAGGCGAGCGUGGACGACAGUACGAGGGAGAAGAAGACAGACUGAGGCGGGAAAGCGCAUCGUUCUCUGACCCCGAGUUCUCCACAGCGAUCGCCGACCUGCACCUGCACAAGCCUGGAUCCCCAACGCACACGCUCAUUCCUGAUUGGUGCCUUUCGGGAGAAGCCCCUCUUCCCAUUGGCUGUGACCCAUUAUGCACACUUCCCAUUGGCUCUGGCCCAUUCUGCAUAUUUUCCAAUUGGGGGUGUAGGAUGUGUAGGGUAAAUCACCCUUCCCUUACAAGUUUGUCACCUUUUAUUUCCCAAGUUGUCAAACUUGCAAGGUAUUCAAAAAGAAAUUCACGAAUACUAUUGUCUCUCGGCUCAUGUUUGACUAGAAGCAGAAUUCUGCAGUUGAGCGGAAUUUUCGUCCAUCUGCUUCGAAAUUGGGAGAGGUUCUUUAUUCGGUAUCUUGACCAAUUGUGUGUAAUUGACUUUUCGUUCUUUUUUUUUGUUCUGUUUAUGAGUAUAAACCGCGGUUAUUUUUCAAGUGUGACCACACAGGGACCAUAGUUGACCCUCUUCCCUACUCAUCUCAUGACCGGAGAUGAUGUUAUGGUCCAGUUUUAAUGUAUGAGUUUGCUGAACCUGAGUCAUGUGAUCCAGUGCAUGCAGAAUUGACCAUAGGGGGGGCCACUGCAUUCAUUCUGACUGGUGAGGAACACUCUGUACGUAGAACAUUUGUCUUGUGGUUUGUGUGUGACUGCUGAACAUCUUGAAAUGAUGGGCAUUGAUCUGUGUAAUUUGUUAUUUUGUCACCAUCAGGGUGCUCAUCAGAAGAAAAGAAAAUAUUCCAGGUUCAGCACUGUAAUGUACUGUAGAGAAUGUUAGCUUCUUACAGUGGGAGUGAUGGGGGGGGGGCGGGGCAUUUGCAGAUAUAUCUCGUUCAUGCCCUUGGUGGGGUGGUUGAAUGCUUAUGUUAUGUUUUUGGUUUGCUUUUGAGUUAUUCCACACUGAAAGCCACACUUUGUUUUUUUUGUUUUUUUUUUUGGUUCUGUCGUCUUGUGUAUAUUGAAAAAAAUAUAUAUCUUGGACGUGACAUAUACAGUCGUUUUGACGUUUUCGUAUUGAGUACCAGAAAGUUGAGAAUAUCAGAGUAUGAAAUUAAUUGCUCCGUUAAAAUGAUUUGACUGACUGACUUAAUGAAAUUGAAAGGAAGUGGUUGCCUCUGUGUAACAGUACUACUUAAAAGUGGUUGACAUCAGUUCCUCAUUAUUAGUGAAAUAAUUGAUACAGCUGGGUAUAUAAUGCGGCGGGACGCUGGUGUUUACCGAACUGAAAUGGAUCUGCUCUCCCGUCCCUUGUUUGAGGCCCCGAUUGUACUCUGAAACCAAAGCUCGUUUUGUGCGUCCGUUCGAACCGGGUUUGUACCGGUUACCUCUGGUUUGAAACCUCUGCGCCUGCAUAAUCCAAUACGGGCUGUGGGGGCACACUGUAAAUCAGAAUUUUAAUCACCGCGCCUGGAUAAGGAAACUCAACACGAGCACCGGUCUCGGUGUCUGACAUUUCAAAACAAUUACUGGUUCCAGCUGGCACGCUAAGUUCUGAAAUGUAACCGACUCCAAUCGAAUGUUUACUUUGUGCCGAUAAGCCAGCUAUUACGUUUUGAGAUUCACUGCAUGUCAAAUAAAUAAAUAAAAAAACGUGGUGUAUUUAACCCGGGAUAGCAAAAAAGUGAA